GUCGUGGCGGGGGGCGACGAGAGCAGCAGCAGCGACGAGGAUUGCUGGGACAUCGGCGUCGUGCGGCGGGACUCGCAGCAGUUGGAUCAAAUGUUGCAGGCAGACAAGAAUGAUGCAUUAAAGAAAGCUCUGACUCGUGGUGAUGUAUCAUUGAUCGAAGAACUCUUAAACUCGGGUAUAAGCAUAGAAUCCAGCUUUCAGUUUGGAUGGACUCCCCUGAUGUAUGCUGCCAGUGUGGCUGAUGUUGCAGUAGUGCGUCUUCUCCUGGACAGAGGAGCUAAUGCAAGCUUUGAAAUAAAAAAGUACACUGUGCUGAUGGCAGCAUGUACUGCACGUGCUUCGGAGGAAAAGAUUUUGAAGACUGUAGAACUACUUCUGUCAAGGAAUGCUGAUCCUAACCUUGCUUGCAGGAGACAAAUGACUCCACUGAUGUAUGCAGCUAGAAAAGGCUAUCCUCAGGUUGUUGCUAUUCUUGUUGCUCAUGGAUCGCACGUUAAUGCCCAAGAUGAAAAUGGAUAUUCAGCCUUAGCAUGGGCAGCACGUCAUGGACAUAAAAACGUAAUUUUUAAGUUGCUUGAGCUUGGAGCUGACAAAAAUCUCCAGACUAAGGAUGAGAAAACAGCAGCAGACCUGGCAAAAAUCAAUAAACAUUCAGAGAUUUAUAGUUUACUUUCUUUGACUGCAAAUCACUUGCAAGGGAGAUACCAUGAAAUGUUUAAGACAGAGACCACCUACAAAUUUCUGACAGCUGUCCCUGGCCACAAAGUUGGUUCCUAUUCAGCUUUUGAUGACAUGGAAGUGUUUUUACAUGGUCUUGGUCUAGAACACAUAACAGGAUCAUUAAAGGAAAGAGGUGUAGCUUUAAGACAACUUUUGAUCAUGAAAAAAGAUGAGUUAAUACAGAUUGGCAUUACAGAUCUCAGAGAUCAACAGAAACUCCUAGAUGCUAUUAAUGAGCUACAAGUUGAAGAAAUAAGAAUUAGAGACCUCCCUGAAGUGAUGAAGCUGGAAUUCAGUGGAGAUGAAUUCCUCAAGUUUCUUCAGAAGUUGAAUAAAGAGUGUGGUAACCUGACCGUUCCUGUGCAGACCAUAAAUAAGCAUUUACUCGCAAAUUCUCACAAGAUAGUACUGGAGUGGGCACCAGCUGAAAGUUUUACUGAAGUUUGCAGAGACUUGGUUUGUAAUGUUGAAAAGCUGGGAAAAGAAGUUACCAAACUGAAGAACCUCAUGGAAAGGAGUGAACAGAAGAAUGACCCCAGCCGAGUGGAAUUUCCAGAAAAAGCACCUAAUCUGGAAAACAGAUUAGUAAAAAUGGGAGUAGUAACAUUGUUUGGAUUUUGUUUUUUCUUCUUUAUAACUAAGUUAGCCAUAAAGAAAACCCAGCUUUAAAUUUUGCAAUAUGAGUAAUUUUGGAAAACUUGUUCGUAUUAUGCUUCUGUUCGGUAUAUGGAGCUAUGAGCUAAAUUUGUGCAAAAAUGACUAAUUUCUCUUCAUUUUUGUAGUAUUUACAUCCAGUAAGUGCAUUGAUGCAGAAAUAAAUUAAAAAUAAGAAUUGCUUACUUGAACAUAUUCUAAAGUUCUGUUUUCAGAAUUACUUUUGGCAUACAGUGUAGGUAUAAAAUCUUGUCAAAGCUGCUUUUUUGGUACACAAAGCUGUAAUUAAUUCUUGAUUGCUGGUUUCAUUGUUACCUUUAGUUGUUGUCCAUUAAGGUGAACAUGAGCAAGUAAUUCUGAUUAUGUUGCAUGGCUGUAUUUAAAAUGAUGCUGCAUCUUUUUUUUUUCUUGAAAUAUUUUAAAGUAUUUCACAAUUUCA